AUUCAUUUUGAUCGACAAACUUAAGAGAAUUACGCUAUGAGUUGUGUCAUGCUGUCAUCCAUUCUUUUAGCGAAGAUAUUUCUAUAUAUGGUUAAAAAGUGCCUUUUGAAGUGUGAAUUAAAACAAGCUUAAAAAUCAAGUUAUCUGAUCAAGUAUUAAAUUAAGAAGCAAAAUUUUCAUUUAAACUGAACUCACUGAGUUUUAAAACAUAAUGGAGACUGUACUUCAACAAAAAGUUAUAGAGGUUGCUAAUCAUAUGGAGCAACAGUUAGAUGCAGAAUUAGAAAAACUAGAUAAUUUGGAUAUCAAUGAUUACGAAAAAAUACGUGCACACAGAUUGAAUGAGCUCAAGCGGAUGCAAAAACAAAAGCAGGAUUGGCUGGUUUUGGGUCAUGGAGAAUAUUCAGAGAUAUAUGAUGAGAAAGAGUUCUUUGAAAUAUCUAAAAAAUCAGAAAAUAUAGUUUGCUUAUUUUACAAAGAUGAUUCUCCACGAUGUAAAAUUGUGGAUCAUCAUUUCAAGAUUCUUGCAAAAAAACACAUUGAGGCAAGAUUCUGCAAAUUAAAUGUCGAAAGAUGUCCAUUUUUAACUGAACGAUUACGGAUCAAAAUUAUACCUACAAUUGCGCUAAUUGUGAACAGCAAAACCAAGGAUUAUAUUGUAGGCUUUACUGACUUAGGAAACUGUGAUGAUUUCUCCACGGAAACAUUACAACGUCGUCUUGCGCAAUCUGGCGUGAUUAAUUAUGAUGAUGAUGAUUUACAGUCUUCAGAAAUUGGCAAAAAGCCAUUUAUAUUUAAACCUUCGAAACCAAAGACCAUCAAAGGGCGCAACUCAGAUGACUCUGAUGAUGAUUGAGAUUUUAUCUGGAUAUAAAAGUGCAUAUUGGUAUUUUUCUUGUUUAUUAAAUUGGAAUAUCAUGUUGUAUAUUCUCAUUUGUUAGAAUAUUUUUUUUAAAUAAAGUUAGGUUUUAUAUUUUGAUAUUUUCAUAUAAUUUUAUAUAAUUAUUAUAUUCUUUGAGCAUAAUAUAGUCAUCAUCUAUUAUUGAAACAUUCUAAAUUAUUUUAAUAUUAAAAUAUCUUAUUAAUAAUAUUGAACUAGAAGAUCAUAGGCAAUUGGAGGACAAUGUUCGUAUGAUAUUUAUGUAAUUUGAAAUAAAGUACAUACUUUUAACAAAAAA